UGGAGCAGCGUUCCGAUCAGAAUCAAAUGGAUCAAGUUUUGAGCUCAAGUACGAGUGGGACCCACAUGGAGGAGAGCUUGCCGUACGCCCAUGUCGACUCCAGCCUGCGAGCCUUGGCCGCCCAGGCACAGGGCUUCGGCCGCUUCGCCAUCGGCGGCCUCCAUGGUUCCGUUUAUCACGUCACCACUUUAGCCGAGGAUGGCCCCGGAUCACUUCGAGAAGGAUGUCGAAAGAAAGAGCCGCUUUGGAUUGUGUUUGAUGUGUCAGGCACCAUUUGUCUCUCAUCUUACCUGAACGUGUCGUCCUAUAAGACUGUUGAUGGCCGAGGCCAGAGAAUAAAACUUACUGGGAAAGGCUUGAGGUUGAAGGAAUGUGAACAUGUUAUCAUAUGCAAUUUGGAGUUUGAAGGUGGUAGAGGACCCGAUGUCGAUGGCAUUCAAAUAAAGCCUAAAUCCCAGCACAUUUGGAUUGACCGGUGCAGCCUUCGCGAUUAUGAUGAUGGACUUAUAGACAUAACGAGGGAAAGCACCGAUAUCACCAUCUCUAGGUGUCAUUUUGCGAAGCACGACAAGACGAUGCUCAUCGGAGCAGACCCCUCUCACGUCGGGGAUAGGUGCAUCCAGGUGACAAUUCACCACUGUUUCUUUGAUGGGACCCGACAGCGGCAUCCGCGAGUUAGAUAUGGAAAAGUGCACCUCUACAAUAACUACACCAGAAACUGGGGCAUAUAUGCCGUCUGUGCCAGUGUAGAAUCCCAGAUAUACUCCCAAUGCAAUAUAUAUGAAGCAGGGCAGAAGAAAAUAGCAUUUAAGUUCUACACUGAGAAGGCAGCUGACAAGGAAGGGGCAGCAACUGGCUGCAUAAGAUCCGAAGGGGACCUAUUCGUGUGCGGAACUCAACACGGCCUGAUGGCUGAGAGCGGUGGACAUGGUGUGUUUCAUCCUAGUGAAUACUACCCUACAUGGACUGUCGCUCCAGCCGCGGAUGCCCUCAAACAUCUCCUUAAACACUGUACCGGAUGGCAAUGUGUUCCGCGACCAGCUGAUCAGAAAUGCGACGCAAAGUAGCCCGCCGAUCCAUACUAGUUUUUUUUUUUUAAAGUAAAUAUUGGAAUCCUCAGCUGUAAAUUUAUUUCUUAUGUAUUCACGUGUAAAAUAAUUGGGACAAUUUAGCAUAUCGAAGACUCAUUUUGGGAUAAUUUAUGAGGUCAAUGGGAUUUGGCAUAUAAUUCGUAGAUUAAAAUUGGGUCCCAAGUAGUGUAUUCUCAUUGGUGAGACUAAAAAUCAUGGCUACACUAUAUUCUUGUUUCAUUAUCCUAGUAGUAUACCAAGUAA